AUGGAGCACAAGAAUCUGAAGGAGAAGUUCACAAAGAAAAUGUAUGCUUUCAGCUUUGAGCAAAUAGCAAUUGAGCUUUCAAGUUUCAAUUCGGAUGCUGUUCAACCUGUUCUUCAGUUCUUGACUUCUUUCCUAUACAAUCUUGUGAAAUAUGAAAACCAUUCAUUCUUUCUUCAAAAGAAAGGAUUUGACUAUUGGAUGAAAGUUAAUGACGAGAAAAAUUAUGCAUUCUUGAAGCACAUUGGUUGUUCUCAACAUAGAAAUGCUGUUGCAUUCGCUGAAAAUUUGAUGAAUCAAGAAGCACACAUUGAAAAUAUCAUAAUGAAGCAAAAUGAAGAGCAAAUAUUGAAGAAUCGUUUACGAUUAAAAGCUUCGAUUGACACAGUUCGUUGGUUGACAUUCCAAGCAUGUGCUUUAAGAGGACAUGAUGAAUCUCCUAAUUCCAAAAAUCGUGGUAAUUUUUUGCAACUACUAAAACUUCUAGCAUCUUAUAAUGAUGAAGUUGCAAAUGUUAUAUUAGAGAAAGCUCCUUAUAAUUCAAAAUAUACUUAUGGAGAAAUUCAAAAAGAAAUUCUUAGUAUUAUUGCAAAUAAAGUUAGAAAGCAUAUUCGUAGUGAAGUGGGUGAUUCAUAUUUUUGUGUCAUGGUUGAUGAGUCACGGGACGAGUCUAAAAAAGAGAAAAUGGCGAUAGUUUUGAGAUUUGUUGAUGUAGAAGGGAUUAUACGGGAAAGGUUCUUGGAUUUGGUUCAAGUUAGGGAUACCUUAUCAUUAACCCUAAAAACAGAUAUGUGGAGACAACUUUUGCACUAUCAGUUUGAUGUUAGUAAGAUCUGUGGCCAAGGUUAUGAUGCUGAACGGAUUACAAGCACUUUUUGUGCUUCCAGUAAGCGUCAUGAUGAGUCACAAAAGGCGAAGGCAACUGAGAUUGAACAAUUAUUGGAACUAGGUGAAAUCGAAUCAGGCAAAGGAUUGAAUCAAGUUGGGACAUUAAGAAGAGCGGGUGAUACACGCUGGGGUUCUCAUUUUCGUUCUGUUUGUAGUUUGCUUAACAUGUUUGAUUGUACUCGUGUUGUUCUCCAGGGAAUAAUUGAUGACGUAUCUGCUACUUAUUCUCAACGCGGAGAUGCUGAUGCCGCUUACUGUUUCCUAAAAUCAUUUGAGUUUGUGUUUACUCUUCACUUGAUAAAGGAAAUAAUGGGGAAAACUGAUGUACUUCCUCAAGCUCUACAAAAGAAAUCUCAAGAUAUUCUUAAUGCCAUGGAGUUAGUUUCAGCAACAAUGGAGAGUCUAAAUGAAUUCAGAAACAAGGGAUGGGACUCUUUACUUGCACAUGUAAAGUUUUUUUUUUGUGAAAAACAUCAAAUAGAUAUGUCGGAUACAAAUGCUCCAUUUACUUCUACUCGAUACCGGCCUCGAAAAACAGAUAAUCAUGUUACUUUUGAACAUUUUUAUCGAGUGGAUUUGUUUACAGCCACAUUGGACAAACAGUUACAUGAGUUGAAUAGUAGAUUCAAUGAUCAGGCGAUGGAGCUAUUAAGUCUUAGUUCUACUUUAGUUUCAAAAGAACACCCUAAAGUGAUUAAACUUGAUCAAAUUUGUCGUCUUGUUGAGAAGUAUUAUCCCGAAGAUUUUACGGAGCAAGAGAGAAUCCAAUUAAGAUAUCAAUUGGAGAUUUUUAAUAUUGAUAUGACAAAGAAUCCCAAGCUUAGUGGUGUAUCAACUAUUGCUGACUUAUGGAAGGGUCUUGUGGAAACUCAGAAACGUGAGACGUAUUAUUUGCUUGAUAGAGUGGUGCGGUUAAUCUUGACACUUCCAGUUUCUACCGCAACAACAGAGAGGGGAUUCUCAGCAAUGAAAAUAUUCAAGAACCGUCUUCGCAAUACGAUGUCGGAUGACUUUCUCGCAAACAACUUGGUGGUUUACAUAGAAAGAGAAAUUGCUGAAAACAUUGAUUCGAAGUCGGUAAUUGAUGAAUUCAAAGACCUUAAAGGUCGUCGGGCUGAGUUGUAA